UUUUAACUGUUAAGUGCUGUCAUGGCCCAUGUCUCAUGUGUGGUCUUAUGUCAAUUGUUCCAUUUUCCAUGUGGGUUUCGUUACAAAUUUUGUGGGUUUUUAGUUCUUACUCCCGAGUGCUAUACUUUACUGUAAACAAGUAUGUGUUAAAAUGAAAGACGAGACAGGUAUCGAAAAACCUCGAAAAGAGGUUACAACAUCUCUAUUGGAAGCUUUUGAUUCAUUAAAAUCAGAUAAACAAGAUGUGAAAAUUACCGGAGGAGCAAGAAUAAUUUUGCGGUUACAAUCAAACGAGAAUGAUAAGGAUUUACAGUAUUCCUUGAAAAGGAUAAUUCGAAGUCUGGGUGCUAAUACCCCGGAUACUCGAACUGGAUACUUUGCUACACUCGUGAGCCUGUUGACGAAAUUUCCAGAAAUAACUGUGUCCCAAUUACUAGAGUUAAUAAAAAAAGAAUUACAUGCCAGUGGUUCAUCUAAGAGUGAAGUAGGUGAUGUUUCUUUAGGACAAAUUUUAGUCUGUGGGGCAAUUUUCCGUUCUGGAUUGAUGCUUAAGUGUACAGAAGAUGAACAGAAACAGACAAUACAAAUGUUACUGGCUGCAAGCUCCAAGAAAUCAUACUUGGGUACAAUAGCAUCUCUUAUACUUUUGGAUUUUGUUAAGGAGAUUGAUGAAGAUCCAUUCUCCAACAUUGUGUGGUCAAAUAUUAAAACAAAUUAUAAAAAAGGAAUAAAAGAACACAAUUUGGAUUCAUUACAUUUCCUCUUGGUUGUAAGUUCAAAAUUUCCAAAUAAAGUGAAAGCAAGAAAGUUAUUUGGAGUUCCAGAAAUAUUACAUGAAGAUCACAUAGCUGAUAUAAGUGAAAAACUAUUGGAGGGAAUAGACUUCAAUUCUGUAAAUCAUCCAAUUUAUGAAGAAAUUGGCAAACAGAUAGCUAAAACGCCACAACUUUUAACAUUUUGGAAUAAAAUAGAUAGUCAGCUUGUAAAACAUAAUCGGAACAGAGAACUUGUUGCCAUCAAUAUUUUAAACACUGUGCUGCAAAAUUUAGAAGACAAUGUAGAUGUUAUACCAGAUUUGAUAAGUAAUAAUUUCUUCAAACUAUUUUUGGAUUGGUUUAAAGGUCUGCAGACAGCUAGCAAAAUAAGGAAUAAAAAAGAUCACGAAGACGACCACAGAAUAAUGAUAAAGAAAGAGAAAGAAUUACUCAAUUCUCUAACCAAGGCAUUAAAAUCAAAAUCUGUAACAAAUUCUUUAAGAGUUGAAAUAUUAAAGAAACUUUUGUUUAUGCCUGGUGAAAUUAAUUUAACAGAAAUAACAGGCACAAAUAUUGUCAAAUUAAUUUUCACUGAUUUAGAUAAAGAUGGAGUAAAAAAAAUGGCCAAAUCAUUUAAAAAGGUUCUACUCAAUACAUCAAAGAAGUUUAUUAAAGAAGGUGUUGAAAGGCAUUGGUAUAACAAUGAAAGAGUUAAAGCUGCUGAGAUGAUAUCUUAUCUAGUCAGCCAUGAAGCUGUUAAAGAUGAUACUGAAUUUAAGAUUUCAUAUAUGCAGGUAUUGAUGUGUUUUGGAUUCUUUAAAAUUGGUGGAGAUGAAAAUAUAGCAGUAGGCAGUGACUUAGCAGGCUCAAUUAAAUCAUGCUUUUACCGUUGUUUUACAUCAAGAUUCACAAAUGUUGACAAUCUUCUAAUGGUACUGACAUCCUUAUGUCAUUUCAUAACAAAAAUUAUGGAAAAAGAACAGGUUCGUGAAAAACUUGAAAAACAGUUUACUAAAGAGAAUAUUGGCUGUUGGGAAAUGCUAAUGGAAACAUGUGAAAAGAUUGAAAAAACUGUAUCCAAGUCUAAAGUUGACAAAGUGUUUCUCAUUUUACUUUAUCAACUUGGUUUGUUCUUAUUCUCAGAGCCUACUCAUGUAAAAGUGGCUCGCAGUUCUAUUAAAGAACUGAGAGAUUGUUAUACCCAUUACAAAAUUGGUAAAGUGAAUGGAUCUACAAAAGUUAAUGGUGAUUUGAUAGACUCUGAACCAGAAUGGAUUGAAGUAAUGGUAGAAAUUUUGUUAUCAAUUCUGUCUAUUGAAUCAAGUGUGCUUCGAUCUUUAGUACAAUGUGUUUUUCGUCUUUUAUGGGAAUAUCUAACACCGUCAUCAAUUGGUCAAAUUGUCUCUGUGUUGGAUCCUGAAAGUGCUGAAAAUCCAUUAACUCAAGACAGUGAUUCUGAGGAGGAUGAAGAGGAGAAGAGUGAGGAUGAAGAUAUGCAAACUGAUGAAGUGAACGAAAAUGGAGAUAAUGAUAGUGAAGGGAGUGAUGACAGUGAAGAUGAUGACGAUAACGACGACGGUGACGAUGAUGAUGACAAUGAUUUGAAAAAUCCUGAGCAACUUAAAAUGGCAGUACAAAAAGCGCUCGGAAGUGCAGCAGCAGCAGAUGAUGAUGCAGAGAGUAUUGAUGCGGAUGAAAUUGAUGAAGAAGAGGGUAAAAAGCUAGACGAAGCUUUAGCAGAAGCAUUUAAACAAUUCCAUCAAGGGAAAAAUAAGAAAACGAAAAAAGAACGCAAAAAUAAGAAAUCUUUAUCUGAUUUUAGAACCAGAGUACUAGAUUUGAUUGAUAUUUAUCUAGAAAAAGACCCUUCAAUGGAUAUAUGUUUAAGUAUGAUUGCUCCUCUUACCAGAUGUCUUGAAUUUUGUAUGCAAGAUAAUCAAUUCAGUGAAUUGGAAAAUAGAUUAAGAAAAACCAUCAAAACACUUUCAAAGGUUAGGAAAUUUGCCUCAGUAGAGGACAUAACACUGGACAUUUUAUGCGACUAUUUCAAAGCUACAAUUGACAAAGGUGCAAGGUCUCAUUUUCUGUAUCAAGCACUUGGUGAUGUUCUCACAAAUUUUGCCACCUUUAUUGUGCAUUGUUCACAAAAAAUUGUCAGCACUAAUAAAAAAUCACCUAAAAAAGUAAAGUCUUGCCCUCUUACAGGAAUUCUAAAGGAGACAGUAAAUAAUUUCUUUACUAACCGCAGCUGUAUGUUGCCUAUCAUAUUUUUCCAUAGCAUAUUACAGACGGACUGGAAAGGUAUUUAUGACCUAGUACCAGUUAUAACAAAAAAUGUGUUUGAUAAAAAUGUAAGACAAUUCCGUAGGAAUGAGGGCCUUGAAUUAUUAAUAGGGUUUUAUAGAUCCUUGAACAGAAAUAAACCUUCAGUGAAUGAAGUUAUUAGUAAAAUAAUGCAUAUAGAAAACGACUUUGAGAGUCAAUUGACAGCAAUCAAGGAUGACAGUGAAUAUACCGUAAGAAAUAAUUUUAUUACAUUAUUGAAAAAAUUGAUCAAUGUUAUGAAAUCUGUACAUGAGAGUUGUCACAUUGAAUCAAAAUUGGACUUCCAAAGUUUACAAAGUAUUGUAUCUGGAAUAAAGUGUACAGCAAAAUCAAAUGAAAAGCUUUUACAAAAUCAAAAAAAUGGUAAGAAAGUUCAAAAGAAGAAAAAGAAAAAACGUAAGAAUUCUCAAAGCAGUGGCGACAUUGAACCUGAGAUGAAGAAAGCAAAAAAAGCAAAGAGUAAUGUAACCGUUGAAUCAUAAAUUUUUUGAUUAUGAACAUUAAAAUAUUUUUUGAUAAAAAAAGUUUU